AUGUCCGAGGGUUUGAUGGAGAGUCUUCCUACCUUGCAGCCCGAACUGACAGUGGAGCGGGAAAUAUACUUCGCGGUCUCAGUAAUAUACGAAUAUCUCAUCACAUUAGACCUGGAGAUGCAGGCGGUCUGGCGACAGAGGUGGACCGCCAGUUCUGUGCUGCUUCUUUCAAUCCGCUGGGUGAUGAUUUUCACCGCCAUGGCUCAAUGCGUCGCUCUGUUACCUUACGUAAUUGGUCUUAUUUGUCGGUUACCGUCGAUCCUAGCCGAUCUCCUGGUGGUCAUUGUAACGUGGCGCAGUACCUUCCAGCAUUGGAAGAAAAUCUCUAGGCCUCUGUCCACUGCAACCAUCUCGUCAUGUUUACUGCGUGAUGGGACAAUCUACUUUCUGGCCUUGUUACUUGUGAAUGUCGCCGAGGUUCUGACACAUCAUCCUACAUUCAACCCUGUAUCUGUGCUCCUCACGUCGAUGCCCCCAGUUCUCGUAAAUCGAUUUAUGUUGAAUCUCCGCCAAGUGCACUUCAAGUCGAGCUUCCAGUCUUACUCCGCUGUAAUCCCUUCAUUUCACCCUAGGCAUUCCGAGACCGACUACGGGACGUUUACAAGCAUCAUCGGUAACAUCGGCGAGCCUCUUUUGCAUGGGUAUGACGAGGAAACAGAGGAGCGUACCUCACCGGCAUUCAUCAUUGACCUUCGUCAGAAUGCCUCGGCAUAGCCGUAACACGCCUUGCUCACUACUCUGCUCCAACCCCCACACGCUAUGCACAAAUUUUUCUCGAAAGACUUGUAUCCAUAGAUCUGUAGCCUGUAGCCUAACAUUUUAUCUUGUUGCGCCGGUUGUAGGAGGAUGAUGGCGACGCGCCGUAUUGUAGAUGGCCGAUUAUUAAUACUAGCAAAACUUCAGUACCUACGUUGCUUGUCAUUUUGG